AGCGGUGGGUGGAGACACAAGAUGGCGGCGAUGGUAGUAGCGGCGACGCGGCUGCUGCGAGGCUCGCGCUCCUGGCGCCGCUCGCGGCUGAGGUUUGGGGCCCCGGCGUGCCGACAGUUCAGCAGUGGCGGCGCCUACCCCAGCAUCCCCCUCUCUGCUCCCUUACCCGGAGUGCCCCAGCCCGUUUUUGCGACAGUCGAUGGACAGGAAAAGUUUGAGACCAAAGUUACCACACUGGACAAUGGGCUUCGCGUGGCAUCCCAAAAUAAGUUUGGACAAUUUUGUACGGUGGGAAUUCUCAUUAAUUCAGGAUCAAGAUAUGAAGCAAAAUACCUUGGUGGAAUUGCUCAUUUUUUGGAAAAGUUGGCAUUUUCGUCCACUGACCGUUUUGACAGCAAAGAUGGCAUCCUGCUCACCUUGGAAAAGCACGGGGGCAUCUGUGACUGCCAGACGUCAAGAGACACCACCAUGUAUGCUGUGUCUGCCGAUUCCAGAGGCCUGGACACGGUCGUUGGCCUGCUGGCUGAUGUGGUCCUGCACCCAAGGCUCACAGAGGAAGAAAUUGAGAUGGCUCGCAUGGCUAUCCAGUUUGAGCUGGAGGACCUCAACAUGCGGCCUGACCCGGAGCCGCUCCUCACCGAGAUGAUUCACGAGGCCGCUUACAGGGGGAACACCGUCGGCCUCCACCGUUUCUGUCCCACAGAAAACAUAGCCAAGAUCGACCGAGAGGCACUCCAUUCCUACCUGAGGAACUACUACACCCCUGACCGCAUGGUGCUGGCCGGGGUGGGGAUGGAGCACGACCAGCUGGUGGAAUGCGCCCGGAAGUACCUCCUGGGCGCCCGGCCGGCCUGGGGCACUGGGGCGGCUGUGGACGUGGACCGAUCGGUCGCACAGUAUACCGGGGGGAUCGUCAAGCUCGAAAGAGACAUGUCCAACGUCAGCCUGGGCCCCACCCCGUUCCCCGAGCUCACGCACAUCAUGAUAGGGCUGGAGAGCUGCUCCUUCCUGGAGGCGGACUUCAUCCCCUUUGCCGUGCUGAACAUGAUGAUGGGCGGCGGCGGCUCCUUCUCCGCCGGCGGGCCCGGCAAAGGCAUGUUUACCAGGCUCUACCUCAACGUGCUCAACAGGCACCACUGGAUGUACAAUGCAACCUCCUACCACCACAGCUACGAGGACACGGGCCUGCUGUGCAUCCACGCCAGCGCCGACCCCCGGCAGGUGCGAGAGAUGGUGGAGAUCAUCACGAAGGAGUUCAUCCUAAUGGGGGGCACUGUGGACGCGGUGGAGCUGGAGCGCGCCAAGACGCAGCUGAUGUCCAUGCUCAUGAUGAACCUGGAGUCCAGGCCUGUGAUCUUCGAGGACGUGGGGAGGCAGGUGCUGGCGACCGGGUCCCGAAAGCUGCCGCACGAGCUGUGUGCGCUCAUCCGCAACGUGAAGCCAGAGGACAUCAAGCGAGUCGCUUCCACGAUGCUGCGCAGGAAGCCGGCGGUGGCCGCGCUGGGCGACCUGAGCGACCUGCCGACCUACGAGCACAUCCAGGCGGCGCUGUCCAGCAGAGACGGGCGCCUGCCCAGGGCCUUCCGGCUCUUCCGCUAGACGGCGGGGGCACGCGCACGCACGUUUCCGUGGAGGUGCGUUUAGCGCAGACCCAUGAGCGGUGCAGACCUGGACGCUCCUCCUCAGUGUGAACGCACACGCCUGACGCUGCAGGGCGCAGCCCCGCCCUCCCCCAGAACAGUGCACGCCCCGUGGGCCUUCCACGCUCCAGCUCAGGCGUGCAGGCGGCGGUGCACACGGCUCCAAGCUUGUCAGCCUGCGCACCUCCCUCAUGACUUUUAGCAGGUGGGGCCGCUGUAGGGUCUCAAGUCUGGCCGACAGGGUGGGCAAGCGCCUGGCUACCUCAUGACCGAGGCCAGUGGGCCGUCAGCCCCGGCGGCCUCCUGAGGGGCCAGCCCCCACGCCGAGCCGCCGCUCCCAGGGUGUGGCUCCUUGAGCACCUGCCCUGUGGGAGCAGGGCACGUAGCGGUGCCACCAGGUCGUCUGCUGACGCCAGCGGUGGAGUGCGCCUGCCGUUCUCUGCUGUGACUCGGGUGGGGUGGUUAAGGGCCUGUGUUCACCGGCCCGUGCUGACCAGCAGCGCUCCCACACCAAGGCGUGGAUGCGGCCGGUACCUUUCUGCCUGAGGAUCCUUCCAUUUGGCCCAGAGUUGCAAAGCCCCUUGCGCUGUAGCUGAAAGGUGGGUUCUGGUUUCAGAGGUGUCAGGAUGUGUGGCUUGGGAGGGGGCAUCAGGAGCUGUAGGUUCAGAAGUGACAGGUCACGUGACUUUGGUGACACGAUACAUUCGAGGUCCUCAAACCCCCAUGGAAGCCCCAGGGCCCACAUGAGAGGCCCUGGGAGCACCGCCCCGUGGGGCAGCUCCCAGCCGCCAGGGCUCAGGGCAGCACUCGGGCACAGGGGCCUUGGGUGCGCAGGCCACGGGAGGACCUUCGGCAGCCUGCCCCAUGGGACGGGAGGGAGCGGGGUAAUGGAGUCAAAUAAAGCGU